AUGAGUGCCGGCUGUUCUGCUGGGAGUAAUCCACUGACUAAUUUGAGCAAACACGCUCAACAAGACCGAAGUCUACAGCGCAAUGGGUUUCUUGGUGUGAAUCAAGGCUCCCAGAGUCGAUUUAAAACGCAAGAGAGUACCUUGAGUGACGCCAGUAAAAUGCAUAUGGAAGCAUUUGGUGGUAGAGACCGUAAUGAGGCCAGUAUGAUGGUGGGUCAUGGACGUCCUGUACUGCCCCCGACUCUUGCAGAAGUUUCACAGGAUCGUCAUUCUCAGCAACACCAAUUUCGUGGACCAUCUACUAACGGAUGGAGCCAGCAGUUCCAGCAGGGAUCUGCUGAUGUGAGCUUAGAUCAAAAGUCUGCCCUGCAAAGCCGGUCGCCUCAAGUCAGUCAUAGAGCACAGGCUGAACCUUAUGACCGGAUGCAGAUGAUGAGAGCCCGCACCACAAUGGGCUCAUAUAACCCGCGUUUGGCAUCUGGCAUGCUUAGCCCCAUGGCCCAAAAUCAAAGACUUCAGCAAGUGCCCUCAAAUGAGCAGGCGUUUCAGAGUAUUGAUCAGGACAAUUGGGAUGAGCAGUUCAAGGAAUUGGAGAAAGAGGUUGCCGAAAAGCUGGCCCUUCGAGAGGAAGAAGUUGCUAAGCAAGAAACAGAAGUCGUUGGCGAGGGGCAAUCUAUCGUUGACGACCAAUAUCAGGCAGAAUUCCAAGAGGUUUGGGACAGCCUGCACGAGGAGGCAAUGGACGAGACGGCGACCAACUGGAAAAAGGACUACGAGCAAUAUCUGUCUGGACGGCCUGCUACGAGCCUGCCAUACAAGUUUGAGGCGGAGAACCAGUACCUGCACAACUCUAACCCGUACGAAAUUGGAUGUAUUCUGAUGGAGAAUGGAGCAAAGCUAAGUGAAGCAGCGCUGGCGUUCGAAGCGGCAGUUCAAGAAGACCCAAAACACGUAGAUGCGUGGUUAAAACUGGGCAUGGUGCAUACCCAAAACGAAAUGGAAAUCAGCGGCAUAAGCGCUUUAGAGGAAUGUUUGCGACUGGAUCCCAAUAACCUGGAAGGAAUGGUCACAUUGGCCAUCAGCUAUAUCAACGAGGGCUAUGACGUCAGCGCUUUCAAAAUGUUGAAUAAAUGGCUUGAAACCAAAUAUCCAGACCUAGUGGCUCCAGAGCAGUCAAUGCCUGCCAGUGGCGACCGCUACGGCAUGAGCCAGGCUCUUACGCUCCGGUUUUUGCAGGUGGUGAACAAACUUCCGGAGGUGGAUGCCAGUCUGCAGCUUGGGCUGGGAAUACUGUUUUACUCUAACGACGACUACGAAAAGACUGUAGAUUGUUUCAAGGCCGCUCUUGCGGUUUCUCCAAACGACGAGCUGAUGUGGAACCGACUGGGCGCAUCUUUGGCUAAUUCGAACCGCUCCGAAGAGGCCGUACAAGCGUACCGCAGGGCGUUGCAGCUGAAGCCCACGUUUGUUCGGGCACGCUGCAAUCUGGCGGUGUCCUGUAUGAAUAUGGGUUGUUGCAAAGAGGCUGCCGAGUAUUUACUCACUGCUCUGUCGAUGCACGAGGUCGAGGGCCUGCCCUCUGAGGCGGCCACGAGCCAAAACCUGCUAGAGACGUUGAAAAGAGCGUUUAUCGGCAUGGAACGACGCGACUUGCUGGAGAAAGUGCGUCCCAACAUGGAUUUGAACAUUUUCAGGUCCGAGUUCAACUUCUGA